GAGCUCGAGGACCCGGACGGGCUCCUCGGGUCGAGCGGCGCGCCGGGCUUCACCGUCGCGCUCCUCGAGCGCGACCACCCGGGCCUCGAGAUGGGCCCGCGCCACUGCCCGCUCAACGCGGCCUUCAUGAACGGCACGGUCAAGGGCGAGGACGUCUGGGUGCCCAUGGACGCCGUGCUCGGCGGCCAGGAGCGCUGCGGCUUCGGGUGGCACAUGUUCGUCGAGUGCCUCGCGGAGGGCCGCGGCGUGUCGCUGCCCGCGAUGGCCGUCGCGCUGGGCAAGGGCGUGGGCCCCAUCGUCGGCGCCUACAGCCGCGCGCGGAAGCAGUUCAAGGUGCCCAUCGCCGACUUCGGGGGCGUGCAGGAGGCGUGCGCGCUCGUCGCGUCCGACGGCUACAUCUCGCUCGCGUCGACCCGCGCGGAACUCGACCGCUGGUUUGGGACGUCUCGACCAAACUUUGAAAUUCUCUAG